AUGCGUACAUCCUUGUUGGGCUCCUUGAAUAUUCUCCUCAGACGUCGACCCCGUGCCCUUGACCUUGAGAAGGGUGUGGUGGAACUCGGCCUACGCCCCAAUAACGACGGCCAAGGACGACCACCAAUACGGAUGCGCCUUGAAGAUGUUGCCAAUGACGUGUUGAUCAUGAUAUUCUCCUACCUAGACGUCCGGGACGUCGUGGCCCUGCGGCAGGUCAACAAGUUCUUCCACGACAUAUCGCAUCAUUCUAUCAUCUGGAAACGAUUCUUACGACAAUCAGACGUACCUAUCCCUCCCCUUCCCCCAACUUCACGACACUCACUUCCUCACCUCAGCGGCCUCGAGGCCGAACGUCUUCUCCUGCGCUCCGUUUCUCUACAGCGAACCUGGACGAGCCGCGAUCCGAGCUACAUUGAUUCUUGGGCAUUCAACGCCAACUACACCGUCUUUUCCAUGGCCACCGUCCCUGGCGGACAGUACCUCAUCGCAUCCGUCGGCAACUGCAUCGGCAACGGCGAACGCUUCACCGACUACUCCCUCGUGAUCUACGCGAUGGACCACCCUCACGGUGGCGGGCACGCCAUCGCGCGCACACGCACCCACACGAAAGCAUACCACCUCAAGGCGCGCUACACGACUAUCCGCGGCCGCCACUCGAUCGCCAUCGCCUACGUCCGGCGUGACUGGGGCCGCCGCUCCGAGCGCGAGAACCCGAACCCGAGCGUCGACGUCUCCGAGUUCAGUGGCGACCACGAGAUCGAUCCGCCCACCCCCAUCAAGUACGAAUGCGUCGCUCUCGAGGUGCCCCUCGAGUGCCUUGAGCUCCUCAGCGACCCGCGCCUCACACCUGGAACGCCGGAGUGGAAGGCUCAUGCAAAUGCACAGCCAAAACCAUUCCGAUACCUCGCCAUUAUUCGAACGCGGAGCCAGCUGAUGUAUCCUGACAUAGACGAGUUGUUCGGCAAACCGUACCUUGCGGUGUUGAAGAGACCGAACAGUAUCGUCUUCCAAAACCUCGAAGGCGGAGCGGCCUCGACGCUGUUUUGCCAGAUACCCAACUUACCCAACCAGCCGUUGGUAUGUCGACCCUUUGUUACACAAUUGAGUAAGUAGUUGACUCAGAUAAAUAGACGUCAAAAAUACUCAACAUUCGGCUGGUUUCGAUCGACAACGCUGUCCUCGUCGUGCGGAGACUGGACGGCUAUGCCCAAAACCCGAAGCGAAAGUCGUUUGCUGAGUUAUACCACGCCAUUCCGUCAGACGCACC